AUGAAAGGCAUCUUUGGAGAUGGUGUCUCGUUCGAUGCGGUGAGUGCAACGGUUGGACGUUCGUUAGCAUUGCUAACGCCAGAAGACUUGAUCACAAACGUUUGUGAAGUACUGGAAUUAUGUAGUCAUCCAGUGCUGCUUAAGCUACGAAAUGCACAUCGUCGUCGCUUAAAACUUGGAUAUUCAAGUGUUGACAAUGGUUUUAACACGGCUGAAGCUUCACCUGAACAUCCCAUGAUAACGAAACCAUUUAAUGCAUCACCACCAAUGACUGUCACUGAUCUUGAUUCGGGAAAGGUCUUUCAAAUUUCAAUCUCGGGAAAUAUGUUACUGCCGACUGAUGACCUGACCAAAAAAAUGCGUCCACCCACACCUGCGGAAGUGUGUGAUUGUGCUAUUGAGGCUGGCGAGAAGAAAGGCUCGCUAGUAUAUCUCAAUACCGAUGUUAAGACCGAGCGGAUACUCAGGCAUCGACGACUGGAUCAUGCAUCGCAUGACACAGUGAACAAGAUGAUCUGA